AAGCCCUGGUAGCUUUUAUCUAGUUUACCAACACUGGCUCGUUAAGUCAAAAUCUGCAUUUCAUUGUUUUGUUUAUACAUUUUCCCUGUUAAAAUAUUUAUAACUAGAAAUACGUAACCAAUGGAGGCUGUAAAUGGAGAUAUUGUGCCGGCAAAGGUAUCUGGCAUUUUUACCUCACAUUGCGCACACUUGGAAGCGGGACCAUCGCAAUUUACAGUGCGCGCCCUCAAAAUGCAGGGCAGCACCAUGCUGAUUGUGAAUCCCAAGGAAUCGGAGGUUUUCGAGGAGCUGGCGGUGGCCAUGCCCUCGCGUAAUCCCGCCACCAGUGAGCCCAUAUCCUCCACAAUACUGGGCGGACAUGGUCAAACUGAUUCCUCUGUGCUGGCCGCCAAAUUGAGCAAACGCUAUGGCCGGCAGUUCUAUGUGAGCCUGAACCUCAAACUGGACCGACUGGUGGGCCCGCUGUUCGAGAAAUCGCUAGUCACCUACAUGCACGACCAUCUGGAGCACUUUGCCUGAGGCCCUUGGGACCGAUGACAUGGCACCGCGUGGGGGUCACCAUCUAUUUCGGGGACCGACGGCUACCCCACGGACACAACUCCACCGUGCUAUCUGGGAUCUGCCAUCUCCGACUCCCGAUCUCCGCUCAGACGUCAGGCGGCGGCCGAGUGAGCGCGAACUUUAAAAACGUAUCGCUGAAACGAUUUUGUACGUUCAAUAAAUUGAUUGCCCUAAGUAAGUUUACAGA